ACAAGAUAGUCAGUGAUCUGCAAACAGCCGUUAAACGCCGCAGAAUGCCAGGCGCGGCGGCAGACCUGGAGACAGGCUCAAUCUCUGGAAGACACUGAUCAGACCUGGAGAAAAACCCCGGCUAAAUCUCUGAGAGACGCUGAUCGAAACGGACCCGUCCUCCCUUCCAGCUCCCGUCCUGCGCUCGGACACCAGACCCCCGGGAGAACACAGCACCGGGACAGUUACGCACAACUUUUACGCACAGUCAAGUGGCUGCCGAUCUCCAUGUUACCUGCAACGCGGACUAUACUCCGCAACUUCCACUCCCACAGGUGUGCUGAUGCUGAGCGCGCGAACUGCAGGAAUGAAUGAAACUUUCUGCUCCAUGUUCUGCUGAAAGGAACCUGAACCACGCUGAGGACAGGAGCCGCGCCGCGUGCCAACAUGAGCUUUCAGCGGCGGAGCUGGAUGAUCCUACAGAUAGUCUUUGCAACCAUAACAACAGCACGCACACAAGAUGUGAGCAGUAAAGAACUGUCUGAUGGCAGGAGCCCAGUGCCUUUCCCUGUCUUCUUGCCGGUCAACUAUGAGGUGCGAGAUGCUGACUACCUCUUCCUUAAGGAGGCCGGGCAGGACUUCAUGAGGAACUCCAGCAUGCAGAGUCACACACAGCCCUUUGUUAUUUUAAGAGCCAGCCGCCAGCCAGCUGUCAAUGCCACCUACGGCACCAUGUCGACGGAGCAGCUUGUGCCUCUGGAUCUGGUCCAGUCUGUGCAGCUCUUUAACGCCCCGGAUGUCUUUACAUUUAACUGGAAAAUCCAAGCCUUUGUGCUGACGCCUCGGGUUUUCUCUUCCAAGCCCAAAGUGCGAGUCCUCUUCUAUGUCGCAGGAAGGGAUUGGAGCAUGGCAGAGGGAGCGGUUGAUGAGUUACCAUGUGUGACGGUGUAUGCUUUUUGGCAAACCCAGGAGGUGAGGGGCUCCUGUGUCAUCGGAGGUGAGCGAGGGACCUGCAUGGCUGAGCUGGCGCCCGCGCUCAGCUGGUUUGCUCCGGGUUCAGAGGGCACAAGCAGGGAGCGGCAGGAUCCAUCUGCCGGGAACCCUGUUGAACUCUACUACCAGGCUCAGCCCAGAGUCAGCGGGAAAUGUAAUACUGUGGAUGCAAGUCGUUGGAGUGGUUCACAACAGCAGACAUCAUAUGUCCCUAUGACUCCCUUGCAAAGGAUCGGGAGCGUGCGCCUUCUGCAAGUACCUAAGGGAAUGGCAACCCUUUCUCGACUGAAGCUUGGCAACGCCAUCGUCAUAAGAACAUCAUCCAAACCUCUGAAGAAGACUGAUAUAGCCACUUUCUACAUACUCAUGGCCAGUUCCGCUCAGCUGACUAACUUCACUCUCAGAGCAUCAGUGAAGAGAGGAGUGACCUUUCGGACAGCGACACCCAGUAGCUCUUUACUGUGGGACAUCACUCUGGAUAUGGGUGCAGAUGGAGCCAUUGCAGUUAUUUGUCAAAGAAAAGGUCCAAUAAUGGGGAAAAGGCUUGAAAGCAGUCUGCUGGAAGUACUUCAGAUGGACUUUGAAGUUGAGGAACUGAGCAGUCCUCUUGACAGCCAGGUGAUCAUAUGGAAGCUUGAGCUACCAUCGGCAUCCAUGAGCAUGGCCAAAACUGAAGGAGCCAUGAGAAUCUAUACAACUCAGAGAGACUUUGUUGGCCUGGCUCCUCUCAUAAUGGACACAGAGAUCUUGAACACAGCUGUGCUGACUGGAAAGAAGGUGGUGAUGCCUGUUAGAACGGUGGCUGUGGAGGAAGAUGGAGUAGUCACGGAUGUAUCUGACUACGCAGAUUGUAGCUCCACUGAUGAAGAUGUUCUCAAGGUGUCAGACCGGUGUGACUAUGUUUUUGUAAAUGGCAAAGAAACCAAAGGCAAGGUGAAGAUGAUAGUAAACUUUACCUACAGCUACCUGAGUGCUCAGCUUGAACUGAACGUGUGGAUGCCCCAGCUGCCCCUCCAGAUUGAGUUAUCAGACUCAGAGCUGAGCCAAAUCAAAAGCUGGAGAGUACCCAUCCUGACAUCAAAACGAUCUGGCUGGAACAGCGAUGAAGUUGAACGAAAGGGGAAGGGAUGCAUGCUGCAGCUUCAACAUGCCCUUGUGCGGGUGCUCACCCAGUUUGUGGCAGAGCAGGAAGACCCCCGGGAUCCCACAGCUUAUUUCCUUGGCUCUGAUUGGCAAGUGGAUGUCACAAGGUUGGUUCGAUACUUCAUGAAGGUGGAAGACCCGCGAGUCGUAAGGCUACGGGAAGGAAGGGUGCUGUCAGGCCGAGACGUCGGCACCACAACAGUCCAGGUGUUUUCUCCACUGUCCGACGAUAUCUUGGCCAAGACAACCGUCAAAGUCGUGGAUGACAAAGUAAGCAUCACAGAGUUGGGAGUCCAGUUGGUUACAGGCCUCUCCAUGACAUUACAACGUAGUCCUGGAAGCAAUAGGGCCAUCUUGGCAACCACUACCACACAAGAGGUUUUACAGUCCCCCAAGCAGGAAGCAUUGGUCAGUUCCUGGGUGCAGUUCAGUGAUGGCACCCAGACACCUCUUGACAUCUACGAUCCAGCCUUCUACCGUCUCACAGUAGCAUCUUUAGAUCAGGGGGUGGUGUCGGUGCAGGACAAAUCACCAGUGGUGGUGGCAGAAGGCGAGGGAGAGGGAGUCCUGGUUAGAGUAGAGAUGUCAAUCUGUGAGGCUUGUCAGAAGUCUAAACGAAAAAGUAUAGUGGCUGUUGGCAACGGCAGCCUUAAGGUUAAGUUUCAGGCGAACACAAGGCGGUCAGGCGGCAAUACUCGCAGCCUUGAUCAAGGCUCAGUUGGCAACAAGAACUACAGCAGUGACUAUGGAAACGAUGGAGAAGAAGUGGACAGCGAGGGCAAGCAAAGCAAGCCGUCUCAGGAUCUUCCACCUCGCAUUUCAAGCUCCAAUAAAGAAGAGAGUGCCAUUCAGAAGAUCACAACCACCAUCAAAUCUACAGAAAGAACCUUGAUCUCCAGUGGGAGCCUUGGAGGAGUCGGUAAAACCAGCAAUUUUGGAAUUGCCGGCAGUCCUACAAGUGUGUUGGAUGUCAGCCUGAUGAGCAGCCCCAGAGACAGCAGCCAAGGGUAUGACUCAGAUAAUGUGAUAGUGGAAGAUAUGAGCAGUGUUGGCUUUACUAGCACAGUGAAAGCUCCAGGGAAUCUGGUAAACUAUAACAACUUUCCCACCAAAGUGGAAUUACCUGGACAGGAAACACUGGAGGUAGAAAUGGGUGGCGAGGACGCACUGGCUAACAGGCCUCUAACAGACUUGGAGAUUGGCAUGUAUGCCCUGUUGGGGGUCUUUUGUCUGGCCAUUCUGGUGUUUCUGGUGAACUGUAUUUCAUAUGUUGUUAAAUUCAAGCAUAAGAAGCCUCCCUCUCAUGGUCAGGAGCCCACAGGACACAGGCAUGACUGGGUAUGGCUGGGGACAGAUGCUGAGCUGGUGAUGACUGUGCCGGGCAGCCCUGUCCAGCAAGACUCCCACACCACAACCACUGUGAUAGACAUUGAUCCUGAUAAGACGGCCUCUCUUACGAGAAGGCCCAGUUGCCUGACCUCUGUGACUGACUCCCCCCUCAGCUGCGUAGGCUCUCAGAGGAACAAACCCAUGCAAAGCGAGUCCAUCCACUCGCCCACUAGCAAGAGAAAGAGAGUCCAGUUCACCACAUUCUCCACGCUGGAGCGACAGCACUCGCCACAUCUUCCACCCAAGGAGAAUGGACAUGGUAUCCACUGGGUUGGGAAAGAGGACAGUUGUGGUGAGGAACCUCAAGUGCCCAUCACAGAGCCUGGGGACCGCUUAUAACAAAGAUCAGAACCUCACAUGUACAGUAGAUGUGGCUUUGAUCACCUCAAUGCCUUUGUGAAGAAUAAGUGAUUUUUGUAAUAGUCCGUCCCUUUCCACAUUUCAUGACCGAUUAAGGCUUUUUAAAUGUAAAUGGACUGUAUAUUGUAAAUACAAAAUACCCAAGAGUGAAUGGGUGUGAUAAUGGUCCAGAUGGCUGACCAGAUGUAUUCUUAUUUACACAAUAUUUGAAACCACAAAAUAGUAAAAUGCUGCAUGUGGAUAUCUGCAUUUAUACAUUAUAUGUGCUGUAUAAAGAACAAAGACAGACACAAAAAAAAUAACUCAAUAAAUUUGACUCCCCAGUCAAAAUCAAAGUCAGAGUAAAUGUAAAAAUGAAUGAAUCAAUGUUUUUUUUUUAAAUGUUUCCAUACGGUUCCAGUUGUUUUCUUAUUUGGGUUUUUUAUAUAUACAUACAGCUGACAAUAGUAAACAUGGCAACGACUCAUUUACAUUCACAAUUGCUGUGUUGGUUAUUUUUGGUGUUAUUACUUAUUUAAUUAUUUUACAGAUUUUCUAUCCAUCCCAUGCCCAAGAGUGUUACAACAUUUAAUCUUUGUGCUGGAAACUGGAAAAGCCUAUUUGUUGCUCUGCCCUUUAAAUAAUUUUCAGGUUUUCCUAGCUCUUGAAUUAGACAGCUGCAUUAAAAUAAAAAUGAAUGAUUUAGCAGACAACCUGGAAAGUUAUUGUCUCUCAAUAGGAUAAAAGGCAUCAUAACGUUUACACUUUAGCACACAGUCAAGGUCAGCCAGUGGGAUUAUAUCUCUUUUAAUAAAUAUAAUGACUAAGCAACAACAACAAAUCUGUCCUUUUGAUGUCUUAAAAUUAAAAUGUAUGUCACGGUAUAAUAUCAGGUUUACAUGCAUAAAAUUAAAAA